AUGACGACGACCUCCACAGGCGCCUCGUCAUGGACCGGCCAACCUCGAAUCAAGGGCAACUCGGAAUUCAUGCGCCUGUUCCUCCUCACCCUCAGCCUAAUCGGCCUGCAAUUCUGCUGGGGCACCGAACAGACGUACGCAACGCCCUACCUCCUCAAACUCGGCCUCAGCAAGGGAAAGAUGUCGCUGGUGUGGAUUGCGGGGCCUCUGUCGGGAUUGAUCAUGCAGCCGAUUAUUGGUAUGAUUUCGGAUAAGAGCAGUAGCAAGUAUGGGCGGAGGAGGCCGUUCAUGGUGGGUGGGACGGUCGCGGUGGCGGUCUGUUUGAUCAUACUGGGGUGGGCGGAGGAUAUCGUGGGGUGGUUUGUUGAGGAGGGGGAGAGGAGGAGGCAUACGACUGUCAUGCUGGCGGUUGUGGAUAUCUACAUACUGGACUUUGUGAUCAACAUCGCGCAAGCCACAUGCAGAGCCCUGGUGGUUGAUGCUCUACCGGUAUCGCAGCAGCAGCUUGGAGCAGCAUGGGUGGCUAGGAUGAUUGGCAUUGGCCAUAUGCUUGUGUUCGGCUUUGGCGCGCUCGACCUGAACACCGUCCUCCCCAGCGCUCUCUUCGGCGACACGCAGUUCAAGAAGGUGUGCUCCAUUGCGGCGAUGGUUAUGGUGGCCACGCAGUUCACGACCUGCUGGGCUGUGACGGAACGCGUGCUUGUCUCUGAUGGGAGCAAGUUCACUGGAACGGAUCAGAGCCUGUGGUCGACUGUGAAGCAGAUCUAUGAGAGGGCGAUAUUCUUGCCGGAACGCAUACAAGCAAUAUGCUCGAUUCAAUUCUGGUCGUGGAUCGGAUGGUUUCCAAUGAUGUUCUACGGCAGCACUUGGGUCGGCGAGAUCUACCUCAGAAACGCAGCGCCCAACGCUUCAGCAGACGCGUUGACUGAGGUCGGCCGCAUUGGCAGUACAGGACUCAUCAUUCACAGCACGGUCGGCUUCACAACGGCCAUUGUCCUUCCGUGGCUGGUGACGAGUCCUGGCGAGGAGGAACAACCAGGUUAUACACCUCGCCCACCCGAAAGUCUAAAGUCCGUCGUUAACAUUGCGAAAGGGACCAAGAAGCCAUCCCUUCUCAAUGUCUGGACGGCGGGGUGCGCCAUGUUCGCGGCCUUUAUGAUCUGGGCGCCUGUGGUACAGUCAGUGGGCUUCGCCAUCUUCCUCAUGGCCAUCACUGGCGUCCCAUCCGCAAUCGCAGGUCUCUCGGUGGGCACGUUCAUCGGGGUAGAAGUCCAAAAACUAGGCUCCUACCUCCCCGUCUCCCACACCCCCAACGCAUCCUCCAACACCCACCGCUUCUCCGACGACAUCGAACUCGACAACAACAACGCCACACCCACCACCCUCCACGUCCGACACUCCUCGGCCGAAUCCGUCGGCAACGCGUCCACUGGCGAGCUCAGCGGCAUCUACCUAGGCAUCCUCAACAUCUACACCACCUUACCGCAAUUCGUAGGCACGGCGAUCAGCUGGGUGGUCUUCUCGAUCUUAGAACCGGGCAAGAGUCCGGAGCUCGCGCAGGAUGCGCACCCGGAUGAGCAUCAUUCGACGGAGGGGUUAAGUGGGAUCGGGGUGUGUCUUUUUAUCGGGGCGCUGUGUUCGAUCGUCGCGGCGAGGGCGACGAGGCGGCUGAAGGAGGGUUGA